AAUACCCAGAAGAGGAGCCCGCAGGCAUGUCCUCCACUGAGGGGGCACAGGCCCCGGGCCCGGGGGGCUCCCCGGGCUCUCUGCGGCUGUUCCAGGACCCGCUCAGCUGCGCGCUGCUGCUGCCGUUGCUGCUGCUGCCGCUGCUGCUGCUGGCCUGGGGGAUCCUGCUCGGCCGCCAGCGCGGGGUGCCCCCGGGUCCCCGACCCUGGCCGCUGGUGGGGAACCUGGGCUUCGUGCUGCUGCCCGCGGCACUCAAGAGGUGGAGCUCAUCGCUGCCAUCGCCUCUGCGCUGCCCCCCCAGGCCCCGGGAGCCCCGUCUCUCCAGCCCCCAGGUGAUCCUGGCUCACAUGGCCCGGCUCUACGGCCCCAUCUUCAGCUUCUACCUGGGGCCGUACCUGGUGGUGGUCCUCUGUGACUUCCACAGCGUGCGCGAGGCUCUGGUGCAGCAAGCCGAGGUCUUCAGCGACCGGCCACGGGUGCCGCUCAUCUCCAUCUUCACCAAGGAGAAGGGCAUUGUGUUUGCACAUUAUGGUCCAAUCUGGAGACAACAAAGAAAGUUCUCCCACUCAACCCUUCGCCAUUUCGGUCUGGGGAAGCUCAGCCUAGAACCCAAGAUCAUCGAGGAGUUUAAGUAUGUGAAGGAGGAAAUGCAGAAACAUGGAGGAAACCCCUUCAGUCCUUUCCCCGUUAUUAGCAACGCCAUCUCCAACAUCAUCUGUUCCAUGUGCUUUGGCCAGCGCUUUGAAUAUAACAACAGUGACUUUAAGAAGAUGCUUAACCUCAUGUCGAGAGGGCUCGAGAUCAGCAUCAACAACCAGAUUCUUUUAAUUAACAUAUGCUCUUGGCUGUAUUACCUCCCCUUUGGGCUCUUCAAGGAAUUAAGACAGAUUGAAAAAGAUUUAACUGUUUUCCUAAAAGGAAUCAUCAGAGAACAUCGGGAGACCUUGGAUAUGGAAAAUCCCCAGGACUUCAUAGAUAUGUACCUUCUCCAUAUGGAAGAGGAGAUGAAGAAUGAUAGCAACAGUAGCUUCAAUGAGGACUACUUAUUUUAUAUCAUUGGAGAUCUCUUCAUUGCGGGCACUGAUACUACAACCAACUCUUUACUAUGGUGCCUUCUGUACAUGUCAUUGAACCCUGAGGUACAAGAAAAAGUCCACAAAGAAAUUGAAAAGGUCAUUGGUCCUGACAGAGCUCCAUCCCUCACUGACAAGGUCCACAUGCCCUACACAGAAGCCACCAUCAUGGAGGUGCAAAGGAUGUCUGUGGUAGUUCCUUUUGGCAUUCCUCACAUGACUUCAGAAAAAACCAUUCUCCAAGGGUACAUCAUCCCUAAGGGCACUCUGAUUGUAGCCAACCUGUGGUCAGUACACAGAGAUCCUUCCAUAUGGGAGCAACCCGACAACUUCUGUCCUGAGCGAUUUCUGGAUAAAGAAGGAAAACUUAUCAAAAAGGAAUACUUUAUUCCUUUUGGGAUUGGAAAGCGUGUAUGUAUGGGAGAGCAAUUGGCAAAAAUGGAAUUAUUCCUGAUGUUUGUAAGCCUUAUGCAGACCUUCACCUUUACUUUACCUAAGGACUCCAAGAAGCCUAUCAUGACCGGAAGAUUUGGCUUGACUUUAUCACCACAUCCAUUUAAUGUGAUUGUUUCUAAAAGAUGAAGAAAAAACCCAAGAAGAGGUGGUGGAACAGAAAGUCAAUUGAAAAAUGACCUUCUUCUGAAAUACUGGUUUUUCCUUCUACAGUUACAAGCAACCAUUCUGAGACUUAAAAAUUUCUGGUUCCAGGUCCAGGUUAGGUGAAAAUGGAAAAGGGAAAAGGCAAGAGUGGAAACUCGCCUCUCACAGAAAACACCUGAAUCCUAACAGAAAUACCCCAAGCAUUCUGUGACCUCAUCAUCAGUUCAGGCACUUGUAUUUGUAAAUUUACUUAAGUAAAUAAUGGCCAAGGUUCUGAACUGGGAAACAGAAAACAUAGAUUUUAAUCCUGUUCAAGACUAAUAAGUCAAUUCUUUCACCUCCUUGUGCCUCAGUUUCCCCAUAUGUAAAAUGGGAAUAACAAUUUCUAAGGUAUGAAGAUUAAGAAUUUGUUGUCCUUGUUGAAAUGAACUUUUAGGAAAGCACAGUGAGCUUUCUGAGAGUGAGAGUCGAAGAUGGACUGAUUUGACUAUUGGUUGGUUAUGACAGGUGACAAAAUAUGGAAGCUUUAUCCAAAUCUGAAUAGUUUAAAACAGCAGUUCUCAAACUUUUUGGUCUUAGGACCCCUUUUACACUCUUAAAAAUGAUUGAGGAUUCAAAGAGCUUUU